AUGUCACAAUCGGUGGAUGUUCCCGCGCGGGGGCUCAUAAUAUAUAAAGUUGCAAUUGACAUUGACUUUGGUUCGCAAACGAUAAAUGGGAGAACGGAUAUAAAUAUAAUGCCCAUUGAUCCUGAGUUAGAAAAAAUCGUUUUAGACUGCUAUCAAGCUGAUAUUCACGCAUGCUAUAUAAAUAAUGAACCAGCCAAGUUUGUUUACGAUGAUGCUUUACGGCGGCUGCGUAUACAGGAACCAAGUAGUAACGUAAGCCAUCACCAUCAGCUGAAUUCUCAACUUGAAUCAACUGUGAAUGAUUUAGGAGGCUUAUCAAUCUUCUUACCAAAAUCAAAGGGAGAGGAACCUGCACCUGUAUUGGUGUCGGUCGAAUUCUCUGUUCACCAGCCUACGUCGGGCAUAACAUUCGUUGGCGUUGAUCCCAUCGAUCAUCGUUAUCCUCACACUUACACCAACAAUUCUAUAACCCCUUAUAGCACAUCAUCCUGGCUUCCUUGCGUCGAUGGUAUAUGGGAGCGUUCCACCUGGGAGUUUGAAAUUACUAUCCCUAAAACUCUUGGAGCUCUCUCUAAGCCUUCUAGUAACCAACUGAAUGGAUUUGCAAGUGAAUCUUUGUCACAAAAGGCUUCUGAGGAUGAUGAUAUGCAAGGUGGUUUUGACCACAACCAACAUACUUCUGUUACAGAAACAGAUUUUUCUGAAGAUCAUGAUAUGGAGGUUAUUUGCUGUGGUGAUCUAGUAGAUCAGGUUACGCAUCCAAAAGCUACUCAUAAAAAGACUGUAUAUUUUACUGUUUCUACGCCAGUUGCUCCAAACUAUAUUGCUUUUUCAGCUGGCCCAUUCAAACAUAUAAACUUAACAGAUUUUCGGGAACCAGAAGAUGAUGAUGCAAUGGGUUCAAGUGCUAUCGAAAUUGCUGGAUAUUACCUUCCCAAAUAUGCUGAAGAAGUUGAAAACAGCUGUGUAUUUAUGUACAAAGCUAUGGACUUUUUCGUGAGAGAGUAUGGCUCUUACCCAUUUAAUGCGUUCAAACUUUGCUUUGUCGAUGAAACGAAUUAUCCUAUCAUUUCUACUCCAUCCCUUGUCAUUGCUAGUAAUUCUCUUUUAUUUCCUAAAAACAAUUUAGAUGAUAUUUAUGAGUCUACAAAGACACUUACCUGGGCGCUGGCUAGCCAGUGGAUAGGAGUAUAUUUAAUUCCUAAAGCUUGGGAUGAUUUAUGGCUUAUAUUUGGUUUAUCCUAUUUCAUAACGGGUCUAUUUUUGAAAAAGAUGAUGGGAAAUAAUGAUCAUCGUUUUCGGCUAAAAAUGGAUGUUUUAAAGCUACUAGAGUUGGACAUUGGUCGUCCUCCUAUAGCUCAUCCUAAUUUAACUCUUCCAAUUGAUCCUAACACUUUAGAUUUCAUAGCAUUGAAAGCUCCGCUUGUAAUCCACAUACUUGAGCGCCGUCUAACAAAGACUGGUGGUUCUUUAGGAAUGUCAAGAGUGAUACCUAAGCUGCUGCUUCAAGUUAUGAGUGGUCAUAUGUUAAACGGAUGCCUAAGUACUUCUCAUUUUCUCAAAACGUGUGAGAAAGCUAGUCAUAUGCGUUUAGAUAUAUUUGCUCAGCAGUGGAUUUUUGGUUAUGGAUAUCCUAUAUUUCGCGUUGUCCAAAGGUUUAAUAGAAAAAAGAUGAUCAUCGAAAUGGGUAUUGAUCAAGUUCAAACUAAAGAAAAUCCGUCUAUACCUGCAUCAGAAGAAAAUUUUGUUUCCGACGCUAUAAGACAUUUGAACGAUAAGCCGGUUGCUUCUGGCCUUCCAGUGUUCAGUGGACCGAUGACUAUCCGUAUUCAUGAAGCCGACGGUACCCCUUAUGAACAUGUUGUCGAACUGAAAGACUCGUUCACAAAGCUUGAUAUACAGUAUAAUACGAAGUACAAGAGGAUUAGUCGUAAUCGUUCCACGAAAAAUGUUCGCAAAGAUAACGGCGAUCAUGGUGGUGAUGAUUCUGACUAUGUAAUUAGAAGCUUGGGUGACGUCCUUCAAAGUGAUGAAGAUAUUGAAAAAUGGAAGCUUUAUGACUAUACGAAGGAGGACGAAGACACCAUGGCUACUGAAGCUUUCGAAUGGAUCCGUGUUGACGCUGAUUUCGAGUGGAUAUGUGAUCUACGAGUUCGCCAACCUGAACAUAUGUUCGUUUCCCAAAUUCAACAAGAUCGUGAUGUUGUUGCGCAAUUAGAGACGAUUAGACAUUUCACGGGAAAUAGCUUUACGAUUUCUCGCCAGGUAUCCACGGUCUUGCUUAGAACUCUAUUGGAUACCCGUUAUUACUAUGGAGUACGUCAAGAAGCCGCUCAGGCUUUAGCUAAUUGUGCCGCACCUGACUUGGAUUGGAUUGGUUAUUAUCAUUUGCGCACGGCGUUUUUAGAAAGUUUUUGUUUUGAAAAUUCAACUAUUCCGAAAAGCAACGAUUUCACCAAUAUUUCUGAAUAUUAUGUAAAAUGUGCUAUGGUUAAGGCUUUUGCGAAUGUUCGUGAUCGUAAAGGUGUCACCCCGUCGUCCGUGAAGAAGCUUUUAUUAGAUUUACUUUGCUUUAACGACAAUGCUAAUAAUGAGUUCUCUGACUCUCAUUAUAUUUGUCUAUUGAUUGAAUCUCUAGUUGAUGCUCUUAUUCCAAGAGGUGAAACGGUUCAAUAUGCAUUCAGCGAUCCUGAGCACAUGGAGUUUGUUCACCAGGCGAUAAGCGAGAUUGAUCGACACAUGCGCAUUGACGCUUGCAUGCCCUCAUAUAAAAAUAUCAUCACGAUUAAAGCCCUGGAAGCUAAAAUUCGCUUGGGAAGAACCUUUCAUUUAAAUUAUGGCCCGAGGGAGCUAUUUCCAUAUACUCAGGAAAGCAAUUACAACUCUGUUCGCUCAGUCGCAUAUGAUUUGAUGCUCCAAUCCGGAGCUUUGAAAAAUGAUGCUCUAAUCAAAUACAUGUUUUACAUACUUGUGAAUGAUCUUUCACCUGCUGUACGUCGCUCAUUAAUGUAUUCUAUCCAGAAAGGAUUUGGUUGCUUAGCACGAGGUGGGGCCAAAACAGACUUUGCAUCAGACGAUUUAAUCGUUGAAGAAGAUAUUACGAAGGCUAUUGAAAAACGCAUAGAUAUUACAUCUCGAGCGAGUAUAUCUGGAGCCAUUGAGGCACUGCGAAACGAUGUUGGGCAAAACAGAGUAUUAUCUGACGAAAUGUGGAAAGCUAUUAAUGACCCUAAAAUAGAUUUAAUGACCAAACGAAAUUUAUUGAUGAUAUGUCGAGUGUUGUACAAAGCUAAAUCUUCAGUAAUCGUUACACUGAAGAUUCCCAGUCUUAUACCACGCUUGCGUGCCAUCCAUCUUGGAAAAGGUAAAAUUGUCAUAAAAAAGGCGCCAUUAAAACAAAUUGGGAAAAACAAAGAAAAAACACCACCUCAGAUACCCGAUCCAAGUCCCAUUGUUAAUAAUACUAGUAAUAAUAAUAAGCCGAAAGGACCAACUUUGAAAAUCAAGUUAAAGCUUUAG